CGUGCGGUGAAAUGUAUAAAUAUCGUGAAAUUAGAUGUUAAUCGCGUUAUUUGCGCUAACAAUAUCAUGUAGCACACCGUAUUGUCAUCGAUAUACGCGCGAGCGCGUCUGCUCCCAACGAGCCUCGUCACCGUGAAUUUUUAGCGUGCUUCGAAAGUUCUUGGGUGUUCAGUGGGAACGUCUGCGACUUACGUAAAUCACAAUUGAAAAUGCCAGAGUUAACAGAACUUGAUAAGGCAGCCAGCUCUGAACCUACCAAGGUUGAGUUGGUGGGUAUUGGUUCAGCAACUGAUUCAGACUCGGAUGAUACAAUACCUGAAUUAGAAGAUGCAGGCACUCCUGGCACCGUCAGCUUUCCAGGCACAGCUGUUACUGGCCUUCCCAUUGAUAUGGUUUCUAAGGCUAAGCAGAGCCGUGGUGAGAAGAAAGCCAGAAAGCUGAUGAGCAAGUUAGGAUUGAAACCGGUACAAGGAGUCAAUAGAGUUACUAUUCGUAAAUCAAAGAACAUCCUAUUUGUCAUAAACAAACCAGAUGUCUUGAAGAAUCCAGCUUCUGAUACCUAUAUAGUAUUCGGUGAAGCCAAGAUUGAAGAUCUCAGUCAGCAAGCUCAGGUAGCAGCUGCUGAAAAGUUCAAGGAACCACCAGUAGUACCGGCUACUGAAGCAGGUGGCAGUACUACAGUUGUUGCUCCGAUACAAGAGGAAUCUGAGGAAGAGGUAGAUGAAACAGGCGUGGAAGAGAAAGACGUUGACUUGGUGAUGUGUCAAGCCAAUGUGUCGCGAGGGAAAGCUAUUAAAGCUCUUAAGAAUAAUCAAAAUGACAUCGUUAAUGCUAUUAUGGAAUUGACAAUGUGAUGAAGCUGCUUAAAAGUAGGAUGUGCUACGUUGUAGCUCGCGUUGUGAGGUGAUAAUUUACAGUCGUACAUCAUCAGCAGGUACCACUUAUUUUUAUUUCAUUACAUAAAAAAAAUAAACUGAUGUUCUGAGAAAAAUCGGUCACAUGAAUAUUGAUUGAGCUCGAAAUACUGAAUCCACAUGUAUAUAUAUAAUUCAUGUAAGAGAAAGGAAAUAAAUACAAUAAGAUCAUAACAUA